ACAGUAUUUUUAUCCAUAAUACAAAAUUCAAAAGAGCGCUCGUCUUUCUCUUACACACGACACGAAUCGAUUCAAGUAUCUCUCUUUGAGUUUAUGUCAUGCCUGUCCGAUCUGACUAGCUAGUCUAACUCGUUCUCUCUCCAAUUCCUCCCAACUCAGUUGUUCAGCUGAUGUUUUCCCACUAAACGCAAUCAUUCCGUCGAAGGCUAGGGUUUAGAUAACGAAGUUCAGUUGGAAUUUCUUUAUUGGAUUCUUAAAGUUUGGUAUUUUGAAGUUCUACCGAGUGGCCGCCCUUUGAAUUAAGCCGGAAUGGUAUCGCUUUUCUGGAUUACGGAGUUUUGGGAAGGUUUCAAAGGUUGUCUGGUGGAUGGGGAUUAAUUAGGGUUUCUUUUUUUAUUAAUUAUUUGGGAUAUUUUAAACUUAAUCUGUUUAUUUCCAUACCUGAAGUGGAAAAUUUUAAGGGCUCUACGAGAAUUAGAAAUUUAGGGUUUCUCUCGUGAGCUAUGCGAGAUUGUUGAAUUUUGUAGUGAAAAUUUAAAAUUGUUUUUUUAAUAGGAUAAGAAUUUGUAGGCUUUAAUAAUUGUUUUUUUUUUACAUUUAGAAGUCGGGAAUUUGUAUGAAAAAAUAGGAUUAUAUUGGGAGAGAAAUGUUUUAUUCACAGUUUAUAUUGGCGAAGAAAGGUCCCUUGGGGACAAUAUGGAUAGCAGCACAUCUGGAGAGGAAGCUCCGAAAGAAUCAGGUGGCUGAUACCGAUAUUGGUGUCUCUGUUGACUCUAUUCUGUUUCCUGAUGUACCGAUCGCACUGCGAUUGUCCAGUCAUCUUCUUCUUGGAGUAGUGAGGAUAUAUUCUCGAAAGGUAAAUUACCUUUUUGAUGAUUGUAGAGAAGCCUUGCUUAAGAUAAAGCAGGCAUUUCGCUCCACUGCAGUUGACUUACCACCGGAAGAAUCAACUGCGCCUUACCAUUCAAUCACUUUGCCCGAGACUUUUGAUCUUGAUGACUUUGAGCUGCCUGACAAUGAGAUUUUUCAGGGUAAUUACGUUGAUCAUCACGUUAGCUCAAGAGAGCAGAUUACACUUCAAGAUACCAUGGGUGAUGUGGUUUACUCUACAUCACAAUUUGGAUUGGAUGAGCGGUUUGGUGAUGGUGACAUUUCUCAGAUUGGUUUGCUUGAUGAGGAGCUCGUCUUAGAUCAGGUUGCAGUGCCGGGAUCUGUUGAAGUUUCAGAGUAUGAUCAAGGGUCAGAUAUACCACAAAAACAAGACCCAAGUAAUUUAGAAGCUGUGCCAAUGGAUUGCAGUGGGGAUCAGGUUGAAGGUCUAGCUGCAAAUUCUGGAUUUGUGGAGAACGAUAAGGAUGUGGAUACUCCUGGCUUAGAGGAAGUGCCUUCCUUGUCUGUUGUUCACAAGGCAUUGGCUGAUCUCGUGGAAUCAGAAAACCACAUUCUAACAGAAAUUAAGUGUGUUGAAAAUGCUUCUAAUAAAUCAAAAUUUCUCAAUGGGGAUAAUGGUCCAAUGGAUCAGUCUUUGCACAAUGAUAUAAAUCGUGAUGCUAUAAUCAAUGUGCCUCCUGAAAAUGGUUGGCACAUUAGUGACAUGGAGAAAGAGCAAACUAAACCACAAGGAAAUUCUGUUCAUGAUGCCUCAUCUCUGGAGUGCACAUCUGCUGUUGGUACUAUUAGAGGAUCUGACGGUUUAGAUAAGGUGAAAGAUAUGGAUAAUGGUGCUGUGCACUCUAUGGAUAAAACUGACGGGGAAUAUGCAGAAUCUCCUAGCUGCUCCAAUGUCACCUUUGAUUUGGAGGACACUUCUCGAAGAACAUGUUCAAGUAGCAUCUAUGUUAGCACAUCAGAUGGUUGUUUGGAGAAUGGUAAAGCCUCACACAAAUCUGAAUUUGGCAAUUGUGCUCAAACCACUGACAAUUUAGAAGAGCUAUGCUCACCUGCCAAAGCAAUAGCUUCAGAUCCUUCCUGUCCAUUGGAGUCACCCAGUAGACCAACAGUUAUUGAUGGUGAAGCUCAAGCUUGUCAGGAACGAGAUGAUUCUGAAAAUUUAAAAAAUCCCAUUGUUGACAAAGACCUCUCAUCUCUUCGAGGUCUUGGAAGUGAUAGUUUAGCUGCUGCAGAGGAAAACUUGGUGGAUUUGUCUGGAAGGGAGGAGGAAGUUCGUGCUCCUACAGCUUCCAUUGAGGUGCAAGUUGAAGCCUGCCAAACUCAGAUGUCAGAACCUGGUCUAUGUGAUGAUCAGUUGGAAAAUUCAAAUAAUUGUGCUACAUCUGAUUUGUCUGCACCUGAAAAGUUACUCUCUGCACCGGAAGGACCUCUUGAUAAACCAAGUGAUUUGCUGGGAAACUCUACCCCUGACAAAGAAGUACUAGCAGAGAAUGAUGAAAUUGAUGCUGGAACCAAACUCAUUUCUGGAAAAAAACGAAGUAUAACUGAAAGUACAUUAACUAUAGAGAGUAUAAACUCAGUUGAAUCAUUUGGAAGGCUUGGAUCGAGGAGAACUGCAGAUUCAGUUCCUGAUGAUGAUGACUUGUUGUCUUCAAUUCUAGGUAUUGGAAGAUCUUCCGUUUUCAAGAUGAAACCAACUCCUUUUGAAGUUGCAUCAAUGAAAUGUGCACGAUCUGCACCAAGAUCUCGUGUCACCAAGAGAAAAGUGCUUAUGGACGAUACUAUGGUCUUACAUGGCGAUACAAUACGGCAGCAGUUGGUAAAUACAGAAGAUAUACGUCGUAUACGCAAGAAAGCACCUUGCACUCACCCGGAAAUUUCAUUGAUUCAGAGAAAAUUCUUGCAAGAUGAAAUCUUUAGUGAACCUAUAUUUACCGGUAUCUCGGUUUACUUGGCAUCUUUGCACAGUGAAUCCUAUGAUCUAAGCAGUAUCAGGAUUUCUGAAGUUGAGGAAAAUCAUGCAUCAUCUGAACUAGCUAAGAAUUCAGAGUGUUCUGUUAAACUAAAUAUUGCUGAAGGUGGAACUGAAGGAAGCUAUGUGCCUGUAAUUCUUGGAAAUGAUGAGCAAGCACGAUCUUCUGGCAUUCUUAAUGCUCAGCAGGAUAGCUAUGCUGUUGAUGAUGUACCUCAACUUCUGCAACAUGAACCUUUAGGUGGGAUCAUUGAAAUGGAAAUUGAUGUAGCUAAUAUUGAAGCUGCUAAUGCAGCAAGUCAUUCUGUUUUGAAUGAGUUCCGGGUAUCAUCCCCUACUGAUCUUGUUACUGGAGAUACUAGUAACAUGACAGCUGGGGAGAUAACCAACACCAUGGCUGGUUCCAUGUUAAACAAUGUAACAUGCCUUCUACCUGAUCAAAAUAUGAGCACUCAACCUGGAGAGGAUGCUUCUGAAUUGGAUGUGAGAAAUGACAAAGUAUCUCCUCCUACUGAAGUUUUAGAACAUGAUGUUGAAGGUAUCAUUGCAACUGAGACAAAGGCAACUGAUGAGUUAUUGUUAGAGGAAAGUAAAACCAAUAAUUCAGUUGAGGUUAGUAUGGCAAACUACCCUGCACCUGUUGGAAAUGGAACUGAUUUUCUUGCAACUAUACAAACUGGUGAGUCUGUGAAUGACGCUCAAAAUGCAUAUGAAACUGGACAUGGCAAGGCUGUUGUAGCAGAUGAGGUUCAAGUAGUGGAUGCACUCUUGGAUCAUGAUGACAAAGACACUAUCUGUAAGAAUAGCGAAGAAUGUAAACUAGAUUCUACAUAUUCAGAAAAGGUUGAUACGGCUCUGAAAAAUGCUUCAUUACUUGAUGGAGAAACACCAACCUUUCAGAAAGUUGAUGCAGUCAAUGAGGAAAUGAUCUCUCUUGCAGAUAAUCGAGCUGAACAUGAGGAUGUUGCAGUUGCAAAUGAUACAGAAUUUCUGAAUGUAGAUGCUGAUGAGCUAGGUGAUGAUGAUGAAGAUGACAUGUCAUGUGGUGAUGAAGGUCGUCUUCUUGAAAAUAGUGGAUGGUCUUCUCGUACCAGGGCUGUUGCCAAGUAUCUCCAGAAUUUAUUUGAGGAUGAAGCUGUAAAUGGACAUAAGGCACUUUCAAUGGACGGUCUAUUGGGUCGUAAAACAAGAAAAGAAGCAUCGAGAAUGUUCUUUGAAACACUGGUUCUUAAGACAAGAGAUUACAUCCAUGUAGAACAGGUGAAACCCUUUGACAACAUCUGUAUAAAGCCUCGAGUGAAGCUCAUGAAAUCGAGUUUCUGAUCCCUUUCAUAGGAAAGUUGUUUUAGAGAAGUGUUGUAUUGUCGUUCUAGCUCUGAUGCUCAGGCUCUCCACGUGGUUAUUUAUUUUGUUUCAAAAUGUUUUUUUUCUUUCUAAUACUUGGUUGUUUAGGUUAGCUUAACUGUUGGGGCUAAGGGAUAGCACAUGUCCUAAUGUUGAGUGUAUGCAGGUGGAUAAUAAUUUGUAUGUAUAUAUAAUGUGUAAAAAUAUAUCUCAAUUUUCUGUUGAAGAUGCUAUUUUUUUU